UGGUGUGGCUCUGGAGCUCCAUGGUUGGGGUUUGGGGUGGUUUUGUGAUGGAUUUGGGGAUGUUUUUGUUGGGUUCUGGCUGCUUCUUGUUGGGUUUUUUUGGAAUGGCUCGGUUGGAUUUUGGGAUCAGCCCUUAUAUUUUUGGAUGGCCAAGUUCACCCCCUGUGGAGUUCAGUUGAGCCCACCUGAAGCCAAACCCAAGGGCCAAGAACCCAAGUUUAGCUGUUGUUUUCCUUCCAGAUGCUCAAAUCCUCUUGUUCCACACCAGAAAUUCCCCGUGGGUUGGAGCAGGUGGAAAAUUCCCUUGUUUUAGUGGAUUUUUGAUGGGUUUAAGUUUGAGUUCCUUUGGCACCGUGUUCCUGUGGUUUAGGUGCUUGUUUAAAGGAAUGGGAAGCAGGGACAUAAAACUGCAGCUGGGCCAACAAAGCAGAGCAUCAGAACUGUCUCUCAUAGAGCACAAAACUCCAAAAUCCGUCAUUUUUCCCUAGAAAAGAAUUUAAUCCCGUGGGCUUUGGGAAGGAGGGCGCUGGGGGCGGGGCCUGUGCGGGUCAGGCAAAGUAAGCGCCGCCGCCAUUGGCUGGCGAGGCGAGCUCUGGUUGUUACGACGCCUGCCAUUGGCUGAUGCGCCUCACGCUGCUUUGUGUACUGAGGGGAACGGGGAAAUGGCAGGACCGGGAGUGAGAGAAGGAGGGGAGAGAGUUGAGGAAAAGGAAGGGGCUGAGGGAAUGAGGGAAAAGCCUAAAAAAACCAGGAGAGAAAAAAAAAAGGUGAAAGGACCCCCACCGUGUCGUUUUAACCGUUGCAUAACGGACGGGGUUGGGGGUUGUGACCCGAGUCCCUCAGCGGUGAAUUGUACCUUCGGAUGUGCCGCAGAUGUUGCUCCAGAUGUUCCUCCAGCUGCGCUUCGUCCCCCACAUCAGGACUACAAUUCCCAUCAGUCCCCCCACUCGGGACUACAUUUCCCAUCAGCCCCCGCGGCUCGUGAGGGGGUGGAGCCCACCCCAAGAUGGCGGCGGGGAGCGGCCCCGCGGCCCGGGAGCUCUUCGCUGAGGGGCUGCUGCAAUUCCUGCGGCCCGCCGUGAGACAGCUCGACCGCCACGUCCACAGCGUCCGGGAGAGCCAAGUGGAGCUGCGGGAGCACAUCGACAGCCUGGCCACAGGUGAGCCAAAAACAGUUUUUGGGGUUCACGGGCUCUGUGCCCCCCUCCCCCCAGAGCUUUGCCGCAUCAACGAGGACCAGAAGGUGGCCCUGGACCUCGACCCGUACGUGAAGAAGCUGCUGAACGCCCGGCGCCGCGUGGUGCUGGUCAACAACAUCCUGCAGAACGCCCAGGAGCGGCUGAGGAGGCUGAACCACAGCGUGGCCAAGGAGACCGUGCGCAGGAGGGCGAUGCUGGAGGCCGGGGGCUACCAGGGCAAGUGAGAGCCAGCAGGUCCAGGAUCCACGGCGUGAGCGGCUCGAAGCCCGGGAAGCGAAUCCUCAGGUCCUUGAGCAGCCGGAUCAGCACCUUCACCCUGGGGGGGGGCAGGAAGGAGGAGGCGUCAGCCCUGCACCACCAGCACCACCAACUCCACGAGCU